AUGUCUUAAAAAUCAAAAACACUACUGCAACUACUUCAGCAAUAAUAGCAUUUCCAUGAUGAUAUCAACACAUCUUUGGAGUCUAAUUACAGACAUAGUUCAGAACAUACAGAAAAGAAGUUUGAUCUCAAAUUACAAAAAUCCAUACUCGAUCUCUAUUCAUAAAUUAAGAGCAACAUCCUCAAAACUGAAGAUCAUUUGUUAUUAUGCUAAAUAAGAAAGUUAGUGCCUUUGGACAAACCAGAAGAUCUCUACACAGAUCCAAAUAGUUUAAUUUGUUAUAUAGGCUGCAUUUUCACAGUCCUAAUGCAAGAUAAAGUAUUUUUUAAAUCUUAUUAGUUAAAUUUAGAAUAAUAAGUAGAGGAACAAAAAAUUAGAGAUUAAAGUGAUUAUGAAGAAUAAUUGAUUAAAUUGGAAGCCGAGAUUAGAUAACACAUAAGAAUUGAAUAAUAAUUGAAGUUGUUUGCAGAAAAUACACAAUCAAAAUUGGAAGAUGCUUUGAAAAUAAAAGAAGAAUAAGAAGAAGAAUUAUAAGCAAUCAAAAGUGAUUUUUAAGUCUUAUAUGAAAAGAACAACGCCUUGAAUCAGAAACUAAAAUCAUAGGAGAAGGAAAUCUAAAUGAUUAAAAAUAAUAGUACAAUAGACACUACAAACCAAUCUCUUAAAUCUACUUUAAAUAAUCAAAAGUCUUAAUACAAAAAGGAGAACAUUGAAAAUGAACAUCCAAAAUAGCAAUCUAUUACAAUAAAUUUAUAAGUUGAUAAGUAGAAGCCUCCUCUUUAAGAUUAUCAAGACAGAAUCUAAACUGAUCCAUAAGAUGAUUAUUUUAAGCCUAGAAAUGAUUCUCAUAAAAGAAUUAUUUCAACUCAUGUUGCAAAUACUCAAAAUAACAAAUCUACUUAUUUAGCUUCAAGAACACAAACAGAAUCAUGUGAAUAUUAAGAACGAAAAAGAAAACAUAAUUCAUCUCAUUAUGAAACUUAAAAUGUUUAAAAACACCAGAGAAAUAAGACAGCUUAAAAUGUAUUAAAUCUGAUAAAAGAUCAGGAACUAAAGCGUCAAUAAUCAGUAAAAGCAUGUUAAGAUAAAGCUUAAAGUAAUUAAAAUAAAGUUAUGAAAAAACCAUCAACAUCUUAACAUGCUGAACCUAAUAGGUCCAACAAUUCUGUUCAUAGUUUUCGUAAAUAGCCAACUGAGGUGAGUCAAAUUCCUCGACCUUUUUCAUGCGCUGAAUAAAUUGAAGAAUCACAUCAUUCCUUUUAAAAGGAUCUAAGUAUGGAUAUGGGCAAUUAUUAGAAACAAAAUGGAGAUUAUUAAGAUAAUUAACAAUAAAUUAAGAAGCUAUUACAAUAAUAUCAAUAGAAACAUAGUCUAAAUGACACUUUAACCAAAAAAUUACUUUAAGAAUACAAAAAAAGAUAAGGAUACAACUGUAAGACAAUCUAUUGA